CAGAAACUGUAGACUAGGCGAUCUCCUGCAGCAAAAUAUUUAGGCUAAAUGUUUGUAAAUUUUAUAGAUGGAUGAAGAACUUCUUCAACAAAACUUAGAACAAUAUAAGGCACAAGUAAGUUAAUUUUGUUUGUAGAGCUGAAAUGAUUACAAAACGUUCUCAAACAUUUUGUCAGACCAGCGAAAUUGCCAAUGUUGUUUUGCCGAGUUCACCAAAUAUCUUUUCACACUGAAUUAUUCAGUUCCUGCAGAUCCAAAGCGUUUUAGAAAACACGGGAGAAGAAAAUCAGGAAGAUCUUGUUAAGCUGAGAGAUGACCUUGUAGAGUUGAUUCACGUAUCAGAAGGUAACUAAAAACAAUAUUGCAAAUAUUUUGCAGUACUUUAGAAUAGUACUGUUUCAAUCCUGUUUCAAGGAGAAUAUACUGCCUUUGCCUGAACAUUUACAAAUGGUUAGACAUUCUAGAGUCUUCUUGCUUAAGGAGAAAACCCUGUGGGCCCUGACUGACGGUAGGUCUGCUGGUUUGGCUCUGGUAUGUGGGACGUAAGAGAAGCCACACUGCUGUUCGUAAAGAGUCGGGAACCUACCUUUGUAUAGACCCCAGUAGUUGUGGUCAGCCUUAAGUUGUUUGACCAUUAAACCUAGUAUUGUGCAAACUGAUUUAGGUAGAGUACUUCAUUAAAGCAUCAUAGUUGUAAACCUUUAGUUAUGAGCUUGGUCAAUUAGGUAAAUAUGUUUUUGGUUUGCGUGCAUUGAUAGAAAGCCUGUUGUCUUUGAAGAAGAGCAAGUUACUCCAGUUGCUUGAUAGUGCAGAAGAGGAAGUCAGCAACAUUCCAGAACAUUUGAAUGAAAGUGCCUGCUCAAGCGAAGUAGGAAAUGAUACUGUGAGUGUACAUAGUUGAAGUUUUUUGUCACCCUGUAAACAAUCAAAACAUUUUGUUCUAGACCUGUCACUUUUCAUUUUAUUUCUUCAUUUCAUUUCAUUUAUUUAUUUCCAUCACAUACAACAGUUUGUGUACAAAAAAAACACGAUUAAUUAUUAAUGAAGUUAUGAAUAUGAAAAUCAUAUAUGUGAACUGUGGGGUGAAGAGUUAUAUGAAAGUAGAUCAUUGCAGUUAUAGACGCAACUUUUGUAGUUGCGUAAAGGAAGCCUGAAAAAAAAUUCUUUCUUUUUGCAACUUCAAAAGUUGCGUCUAUGACUGCAAUGAUCUACUUUCAUAUAAUUCUUCACCCCGCAGUUCACAUAUAUGAUUUUCAUAUAUUCAUAACUACAUCAUCAUCCUUUCACGGGUUUAUAACGAACAAAUUCAACAACCUGUUCCCAGUUGGCUUGUUAGCUCAAUAUUGGUAGAGCACUGCACUGGUAUCGCAGAGGUCAAGGGUUUGAAUCCUGUACAAGCCUGAAUUUUUCUUUGCUUGCUUUUUACAAAUGCAAAAGUUGUGUCUAUAACUACGAUGAUCUACUUUUACCUUCACUUUCGAUGAUCUAAUAAUAAUAAUAAUAAUAAUAAUAAUACUUAUAUAGUGCCGGUAUCAAUAUUGCUAUUUUUAUCAGCACUUAUGAAGCGCUUAUGAUCUAUUCUUCACCCCACAGUUCACGCAUAUGAUUUUCAUAUAUUCAUGACUUUAUGAUCAUCCUUUCACGGGUUUAUAAUGAACCAAUUCAACAACCUGCUCACAGUUGGCUUGUUAGCUCAAUUGACAGAACUUUCUUUUCGCAACUGCAAAAGUUGUGUCUAUAACUGCAAUGAUCUACUUUCAUAUAAUACAAUUAAUUAAGUUAAUUAAAUAAGAUUCAGGAUAUGAAUAGAUGUAAAUUUAUUGCAGAUAUUCUUCAAAACUUAGUUACAUGUAAUAUCCUUCUGGUGGUAUUUUGUCUAUUCUUGCCGUCAUUUUGAGUCUUUAAUUUGAUGCUUUGCAUUUUCAUAACAACUGAGUUGCUCCUGCUGUCUUCAAGGGAUGUAAUAAUCAGUCAUCUGAACAUUUUCCUGUCAUUUUACGAUUGUCAUCAACUGGAUUUCAGUUAUUCCAAAUUUCCCAGAUUAAGUCAGUAGAUAACCAAAGAGAUUUAUGCAUGACAGGGGAGCAAGGGGAACAAGGGGGGUGCAGUGGUGAGAGCACUCAACUCCCACCAAUGUUUUUUUUUAAUAUAAAUUUAAUCUUUAUUUAUAACUCCCACUAAUGUGGCCCACGUUUGAGUCCCAGCAUCGAUGUUAUGUGUAGGGUUGAGUUUGUUACUGGUUCUCUUCCUUGCUCUGAGAGGUUUUUUUCCAGAUACUCUGGUUUUUCCUUAUCCUGAAAAAUCAACAUUUCCAAAAUUCCAAUUUGACCAGGAAUAGAAAAUGAAGAACCACUUAAUGUCUGUGCUACCUUUAAAUCAUAAUAAAUGUUUUUAUUUAUGUCAUUGUAUUACAAUUUCUGUUUGGUACAGUGGAACCUUUAUUUAAUGCAUCUCUAUGUAAGAAAGUUGUCGGUAUAACAAAUGAUUUUCUUCAGCCUUGCCAAAAUUACAGUAAAAUGUAUGGAACAGAACCUUGAUUUAACAAACCUCGAUUUAACGGAAUCCUCAUUAUAACAAACACAAGAUGCAAGCGCAAACAUACUAAAAUGUUAUUACAGUAAUUUUUAAGAUCCGGAAAUGCUGGGUUUUGUAUUAAAAUUAAAUUAAUAAAUUAUUAACCAUACCUGGAUAUAACGAGUUCACAUUUUGGUAGUUUUCCCGAAAAUUCGUUAAAUGGAGGUGUUUGAUUUAACAAACCCUCGAUGUAAUGAACAAAUUUCCACAGUCCCUUGGCACUUCGUUAAAUCGAGGCUCCACUGUAUACAGUUUCUUGUCUGUGUGUUAUAUAAUAUUAUUUUGACAACAAUAUUGUGCUAUCUUUGUGAUUAGGAAGUUUCAGAUGAUAAGGACCUGUCAGAAGUAGAAGAUGAUAUCACUGGAAUGAAAUGUCGCAUUUCAUAUACACAGGUAGGUUUAAAGGAAGAUGGUAAUUAUUGAUCUCUUGUCUGAUCAAAGAAAACUUUUGUAUUGGAGACUUGGAAGGUGUUCAUGUGCAAUCUGCUUUUUUAAAAAUUUUCUUUGGGUGAAAUUGUACCACUAACCCACGUUUGGUUGAAGCGGCAGUUUUUUUUAUAGAUGAACCUUGUUGCAUUCCCAUGUUCCCUUGCUGGGGCUCGCAUGAAACUUGAUGUUCCCUUUAGUAAGGUCAGACUCACAAACUUAAUGUAAUGCCAAAUAACAGACAUGUUUUCUUAAUGGAUCACAGUCACAAAUCAGUGAAACUGUAGAGAACAAAGGGUAUACAUGAGCUUAUUACAAAUAAUUAUAUCAAGAAGUGUGAAAGGAAACCAACAUGUGACUGAAAAGUAUCGCUGACCACGUGGGUUUGAAUAAAACUGUAGGAAAACUCUUUUAAUUAAAACAAUAUUGUUACAUUCCAGACCAUGUAUGGAAUCAAUUAAUUUUCGCGUCCAAUCUGUGUGGGUCUUUACAAUCGUGGCUUACCUUUGACUUGCCAUUGUAAAAGGCCCAUGCAGAUAUCCUGCUCAAAUUUAAUCUACCAGUAGUAUUGACGGUAAAAUUUUGUAAAAAAAAAUUUAGAGAUUUACACAAAGGAGGCCCUGCCAGGGGAGGUCCCAUGUCGCCUGUCUGAAUUUUAAAACGUCUCAUGUAGAUGUUUAUAAAUGCUUGUCGCUUAUUGUCGGCUUUGCCGUCACUGUCGCAAUUUGGCCGAGGGAGGUUGUCAUUUGUCGCGAUUUCAUUUCACGCUCUGUCGCUACUUUUUGGGCCAUGUCGCUUGUCAGAAUUUACCCUGGCAGGGCCUCACAAAGGGGGAGUUUAAAAUCAUGUUACUCUUUCAUUCUUGACAGGACUGGGGUGUGACAGAGCAACAUAAUGCCAUGGUUUUUGAUGCAGAAACUGUUGAAUUAGCUGAUGGCAAUGAAACAACAAAGGUACAGUAAAUGAUUUUUACAGACUGUCAGAAGCAGCUAUACAUAUAAUUCAUGUGUUGUUGUUGUUUUUUCCAUGUUAAUUUUUCUAUGUUUUCAAGAUUGCCAAUGCAUUAAAUGUGAUAAAUCAACAGCAUAUUGAAACAAAGCCCAUGAAAUGUUCAAACCUUACACAAUGUAGUUUAGAGUUUUGUGGAAUUUAUAAAUUUAAUGUUCACAAUAAAAAUUGAAUUGGAUUUAGAUAAAAAUGAAAAAUAAUAAUAUAAUUAAUGUUAAUUUCUGUUUCACUAAUUAUUGUAACUAUCAAAAUGCUAAAAUGUAAUCAUCUGGACAUACCAUAAAUUUAUUAAAUAAAUGGCCCAAUUCCCAAUGUGAGGUCCUAUGGACAAUGAAGAUUAGGUAUGUAAUUUUUUGAGUUUGAACAAGUUAAACCUAUUUAACUUCUGUUUUGUUUCCUUUUGAUUUUUCUUUUUAUAUUUCAGUAGCUUUAGUUAAAUUUUUUUUUACGAUUUUUUUUAUUAACGAGGGAUCCACUGUAAUUGGUUAGGCUGUAGUGGUCUCCCUGCCUAAUACUUUUUAAUGUAUUCAUGUAUAAAGAUUGUAUUGUAGUCAGGCAAAGCUAAAUAAAGAAAUAAAUAUUUGUCCCUGGGAUUUUCCCCCAAAACAGGUUUUGAAGACAAGCCAUUUUCUGGUCACUAUCUGGUUGUAAAGAGCUAAAACAUUCCAAAAAAGUGUGAACAGAUUGAGCACUUCAUGGCUUUCUGUUCCAGACACAAAAAAUAUCAGCCUCCACACUCACUUAAAUAGCUUUCUCUCUUCCCAUCUUUUUCUGCUUUUCUUGCAUCGAUUUUUUUCCUUUGCUGUCUUAGGCAUAGGCAGAUCACUGUGGACAGUUGAGGGACAAAUCGGUUGAAGUUUAGUAAAGUACCUUUGAAUAUUCUAUAUUGUAUUCUGUACAGGUCAGAGUGUUAUUUAUGAAUCCAACCCAUAAAUCAAUGGUGCCUUGUCCGUAUUUUCUGGAUGGCAAGUGUCGGUUCUCUGAUGAUGACUGCAGGUUAGUGUCCAUGUUACUGGUCAAAAUUAAAUUCAGGUUAAAAUUUUGAAACCUAGGUUGAUUCGCUAUUUCCUUUGUCUCCUAGCCCUAAAAUUAAGUUUCUAAAUUUCUAUAAAUUAAGUUAAUCUUUUCUCUUUGCUUUUCUCCUGUUAUGUGGUGAUAUAUGUUGUACCCUUCUAUAUAAUCAAUUUGGCACCUGAUUUGACUUAAACAACAUGUUCUCCCUUGUGCUAAUUGUUCAUAAGAGACAAAGGAAUUUCUAGAUUACCGGUAAUUUGAGAACAGAUCUUGCCUGGUGCAGAUACUAACAAUGUCCUACACUCAGUAAGAUUUAACUCACAGUUUUUAUGAAGAUGUUGUUGAAUAUAGAUAGUUUAGAAGUCACUUUUUAACUAUGAUGGAGAACAAGUUUUUUAUUUAUAAACAUUUCAUACUUGAAUUUGUUCCCUUAGAUAUUCUCAUGGCUAUUUGUUGGAUGUAGAAGAUUUAUUGCCAUUUAAAGAACCAGACUUCAGGUAAUAAUCUGAUAACCCAAAAUUUACCGUUUCUUUUGUGAAUUAGCUAGUAUAUAGUUUAAUAGUAGUAUUAGUUUUGCUGGUCUUGAGCCCAGUGAUGAGAAAAAUAAUAUAUCCUUCUCUAUCCUUCAUAUUUUAAAAAUGCAGCAGUCAUUGCAUCAUUUACCAAAUUUAUAUGGGAUGGCAUCACCAGUGCACCAGUGCACCAGUGCACCAUCUAUGACAAUCUUGGGAAAUAUCCAAUCAUACACAUAGCCUAUAUUUUUCUUCCUUUAUUCUACAGCAAGGUGGAGUGUGGAAAGUCUUGUUUGGCCAGAUAUGAUGAUGGAGUUUGGUACAAAGCUACUAUUCAGUAAGUAAUUAUUACAUACAUCCCACUCAGAGUUUAUUUUAGUUUACAGGGUUCCUACAGGUCAUGGAAAACCUGGAAAGUCCUGAAAUAUAACAAUUUCAUUUUCCAGACUUUGAAAGUCAUGGAAUUUGAUUUCAAAGUAACAUUGAUAGAUAAACUAAGAUAAUUGAACAGCCCAAAUGGCAAACAUUUUGGUGGAUACUAAAGUAUUAUCUGUUGAACUGAUUUAGGUACAAAAUACCCUAAAACGUGGAUAAUUUAAAAAUUUUUUUUGAAUGUGACAGCUAUUCCUAAGGUCACAAAAAACCCAAAAUGGUCAUGGAAAAAGUCAUGGAAAGUCAUGGAAUUUAAAGCUAAUGACUGUUAAUAUAAUCUGUAGGGUACAGGAAUUGAGUAAGUUUUUCCAUGUUUUAAUUUAGGAUGGGUACACAAAUCCUUUUCAUUUUUUGUCACCAACUUAUGGAACUCUGUGCCAACAAACAUAAAGGAGGUCUAAUGAGACUACAAGUUUUAAAAAAGCUUUGCAAGAUUACACGUUUAAUGAUCUCAGAUGUAUGAUUUAUUAUUAUUAUUAUUAUUAUUAUUAUUAUAUUUUGCUUUGAUUCGUACCUUUCUUUGCAGGUCAUUUGACCAUGAUGAUCACACCUUUGUUGUCCAUUAUGAUACAUAUAAUUCUGACGCAACAUUGAGUCUAGAUGCUGUUCUUCCUUUAGGUAAAUACAUUUAUAGAGGCCAUACAUUUUGUACCAUUAAAUAAAUGAGGAUAGUUGAACGGUGGCACUGUCAGUUUAUAAAGUCCUGCAAAGAACUGUGGUGUUGGAAUACUCUGAGCAAAUCAAAUUAGAUCUUAAAAUCACAGCCCUGGUUAUUUCAUUUAUAACUAUCUCUGAGUUUCAUAUUAACCUUAUUUUUACUCAGUGGACUCUACCAUAAACAUCUUUCUUGCUUGAACAAAAUCUUUCAAGCUCAACUUUAUUGGUGAUGAAACCAGUCACUUGCAAAAAUCAGGAUCAUACGUUAAGCCAGUGUUAAACUGUCAUUUUACCUUAGCUAAUUGUAAUUUUCACUUUGAUUUUCAAAGUAACAUUGCAUGACUUUCCCUGCUAGCAGAUGCCACCGUUUUUACAGCCGGUAUUCGGCAGGUGGGAGGAAAAGCCUGCUAUUAAAAUACCAGGGAAAAGAGCAGGGAAUGCUUGACUUAUUUUCUUGGUUAUGUAAAGUUUGGACAAAAAAAUUAUGGCUACAGCUGGAUGUGAGGACUCGCAACCUUUAACUUCAACUUUUUUAAAGAGAGAAACGUUUGAAAAUGAUUCACAUAUGGAUGGCCUGGAUGUACAGUGUAUAAUGUAGCACUUGCUAAUUCUAUUUCCAAACAACCUUACAGAUCAGCAAGAUGCUGAAAAUGUCUCAGACAGUGAAAAUAUAUCAAGUUGUUCAAGUGACAGUGAAGAAAGUGAAGAAGCUAAAGAUGAUGAUGGAGAAGAUGUAGCGGUUGCACAGUUGUCAUGGAAACCAUCAGGGGGUCCUGUUUCCCUUGGAGAGUGGGAGCAACAUACCAAAGUAAGUUGUUUAAGAUAAAGUUCUUUAAAACAAAAAGAAAAGAAAAGAAAAACAUAAUCAAUUUUUGUUUUGAAUUCAUUUUUUGGCAUUUUUAUUGUUGUUAUUAAAUGAUUUGUACUUUUUUGUUGUGUUGUAUUUUACUAUUGGUUUCAAUUUGUCUAGGGUAUUGGAUCAAAGCUUAUGGCCAAAAUGGGAUAUAUAUUUGGGUAGGUGUCAACUUAGUAAAAUCAUGACCAUUACAAUUGAGCUUUACUUAAUACUGAUAUGCAAAAUUAUUUCAAUAUUGUUUUUUGCAGAGGAUUUACAGUAUAAACAUUAAGCACAUAUGUUAUUAUAGUCUAAUAAUGAAUAAAAUAUGUGAAGCAGCAAAACAUAGAUAUUUGUGGCUCUGAGCAGAGGUAAAGUUUAAGCAGCUAGACAUACUGUUAUGUUUUUGUAUUAUAUAGUAUUUCUUUGUCAAAUGUCAUGCUGCUUGGAGGGAGAAACCACUGCUCACUGGGUGAUAGUACUUAGUGUAGCUUAUGUGGCUGUCAUCUAGUUGCACUGCAUCUCAAUUGAAAAAUCAUUUUAUUUUAAUUUUUUUAAAACAUUUUCCUCUUGAUUGUUUGCCUUACCUCACCUACAUUAGAUAAGCCCUUCUUUUUUGCAGGUGGAAUCCAUUUUAUUUCAGUUUAAUUGAUGAAUGUUGCGUAGGUGAUUUUUUGUAAGCUCUAUUUUUAAUAACUACUAGGAAAGGACUGGGACGGGAUGGUAGUGGCAUUGUGGAGCCAGUAGAGGCAGUAGUACUACCUCAAGGUAAGAGGUUAUGAAAUAUUUAAUUCAUGAAAUGUUUUUUCUCAUAGAAUAAUUUUUUUCCAUUAAGUUUUUAAGCUUCUUGUGCUGGGGAGAGAUUUAUUUUUGCAUUUCUGAAAACACUUUAUAGAUUUUACAGUUUUCCAGAGGAGUAUAUUAAUUCCAGGUUGACGUAAUCCACUGUGCUGGCCAUAGUUUAUCUGUCUGUCAUAAUAACAGCACCAAAUGAAGGGAUGUUUUGAGCCUCAAUGUCACAAGAAGGCUUCAAUUUUUUUGCCAACUCUCAUCCCUACAUGAGUGUGUAAAUCAUCAAAAUGCAUUUUUAAUAGUGAGUUGACAAGUGGCUUUUUUUUCUAUUGAAUUUCUCUUUAGGGAAGUCUCUUGAUAAGAUUGCACAACUUCGGGAAAAUAACAAACUUCCUAAGCCUGGGAAAAAGAAGCGGAAAAGAACACCAAAAAUGAACAAUAUCAAGCUGCCAGAAGAGGUACAAGAAAUCAGUAAAAUGAAAAAUAUUUGCACUAAAUGUUAUUUAAUGUAAUUAGCCUAAUGCAGUAGAAAUUACCCGUUUGAUUAGAUGUUUUAAAAUAAUUUUCACAUUUCAGAGAUAUUUAUUCAAGCAACCCUUAGAAAAAUAAUGUAAGGAUUGUGGGUUGCAUUAAAUUUUAUAUGGAGCAAAGAAACUUUACUGAUUAUUUAGCUUUAUGAAUUUUUUUUUUCAAACAGUUUUAAUAGGAAAAAGAAGUUGUUAAGCUUUUCACUUAACAUAAUGUUUUUUGAACAUUUAAUACAAAUGAAUUUUCUUGGCCAAGGUGGGUGUUCUUGUGCAAGAGAUUCUUUUUUUGUGCGUGUUUGUCCUUUCAUUCAUACCUUCACAGGGAUGGCCCUAAGAUUUCAAGUUCCUGUUUACCCAUUUAGUGAAUGAGGAACUAAACAGCAAGAAUUUCUUUAAUUUGCUUCUAUUUUCCUUUUGUUCCUUUGAAAGUAGCCAUGGGGUCAAGCUCACUGAGUAGCCAGGGGAAAUCCACUGGCAAAGGCCUUAAUGUCACAGCCCUGCUAGCCAGUAAAAAUUACUCUUAUUGUCUUUGAUAUUUUGAAUCAUGGUACUUUCAAUCUCUCAGUUCCUAGACAAAUUCUGGAUUGCAUCCUACAGACUUGUCAGUUCUUUGUUAAAUGCCCCCAUUCUGGACAAUCUUCUUUUAAAACCUCUUGAAAAUAAUGGUCUUUACAAUGAAAAGCACUCUUCUUUAAAUAGCCCUUUUCAUUAAAAUGUAAACUUGAAAUUCAAUUUAUUGCCAAAAAAUCUUGUUGUGUAAAAUUUGCAAGUUACACAAAUAGAAUAAAAACAUAUUGUUCAUUUAAUACGUACUCAGAAAACAGUGAACACUGUCAUUUGCAAUCACUAGACAGCUAACCUCGAGAAGGACCAAAAAAUCACCAUUUCCAAACUCAUGUUUAAUUAUGGAUUCAAUGGGUUACAAUCUUUGAUCAGUCUGUGGAGACUGAAGUGCUACCUUUGUAAAUAUUUGGACUGGGCACCGAAUACUCUGUUUAGCGAUAGCGUGAAAAAUUCAUCAUCAUUUUAAUGUCUCUCUUUAUGUUGCAGGUCUCAGGUGGUGACAUAUUUGAUUUCAUCAACAUAAAACUUGGUGGCAAGAGAGGUUAGCUGGUAACUACAACAGCUUGGGUGGCAAAAAUUUGAAGGGGAAAGGUUUGGCCUGAAGAAAUUAAGACUGUGCAAGAACUUAAGUCAAUCAGUCAGUGAUUGGGGCUGAUAUAAAAGAAAGAGAAAAACUCUAUUUUCUCCUCCACAACUUCCAUAAAAAAUUUGUUCACUUUUUUGAGAAAUGUUUGGUUGAAAAAACUCGGUUUGAUAUUUUUGUUAAUUCUUAUCUAUUGUCGGAGAUAGUUUGCGAUAUUCUGUUUCCCAGUGACCUAUUUAUUCUCUUGUAGUAGUAAAAAUAACCAGUAAUUUUCUUGUGGUAUCUUCUUACCACAACAUUCGAAGACAGUUAUUUUCCCACGGUGCUUCAGCUAUAACACAGCUAUAAGCACCUCUCCAUUUCCCAAGGCCAAUCCAAACCAUCUCAACUGAUGUACAAGUUAGACGGUUUUAGAAACUGCUGGGAGCGGACCUCAGGGAAGGGUGGGGGGGGGGGGAACUUCCUAAUGAAGGAUAUGGGGACGAAUGGAAACUUGUCUGGGGGUGUCUUAGGCUUUAUAAAUUUGACCUCUAAAAUAGACCAUACUCCAACACAGUAUGGCGGCAUUUUGCAUGCAAUAUCUACUAGACAUAGAUGUAAUUAACAACAACCGUAAAGGAUGCUACGGUGAAACCACCAACUUACGGCCACUUUAUUUUGGCCAUUUGGCAAAAACCGCCAUACAUUUCUUGUAAAAAAAGCCUCUUUAAUACGGCCUAAUUGGUGACCGUAUUAAUUGGUGACCGUAUUAACGGAGUUCCACUGUAUUAUUAGAACAGCAGCACAACUACGACAAAAACAAGUAAAAAAAUAAAGCGGAUAAAAUCGAACGACGUUUCGGUGUCAUCGUGACGCCCUUUUCAAGUUCAAGUUCAAUUUUUACUUGUUUUGUUUUACCUUUACAACUUCAACAACAACAGCAAAAAAUAUCAUCGGCUUUCCGUCUUAAACACUCAUCUCAUCUUUCUUCUUUAUUUGUAGGAAAUAUCCAAGACAUAAGGGUGCCUGUAGCUGGAACAAGUGCAAGUGAUUUUGAGGUGAAAGAAUCAGACAAAAAGAAAAAAGGUGGCAAGAAUAUAAACUGGAAUUUACAGGUAAAUUCUCAGGAGGCAGAGUGGCCGAGUGGUUAGAGUGCUGGACUUGCAAUUCGGAGGCUCAGAGUUCCAAGGUUGAGAGUGCUGGAUUUGCAAUUCGAAGGCCGAGUUCAGUUCCAAGUCCUGUCAAAUAUAAACUAAAAGUCCUACAUUUUUUCUCCGGUAGUGCCGAGUUCAAAUCCUCAGUCACGCUUUUUUAUGCUCCCCAAAAAAUAGCGGUCCAAAUGGUAAAAAUACAGCCAUAUGGUUUGAACCAGUUAGGAUUCUUAACUUUGUUGUGUUCCAUUUGAAUUAUUAUUUGUUUCAUUAUCCCUGAAAAGCCUCAUAAGGGGAGAGGAUAAUUAGGUAUUUAUUAUUAGUGGUAGUAAAUUGGGGAAUCAAGUGCUUACCUAACUAAAUAAAUGAUGAGCAAUACAAUCAGACCUUUUGUGUGUAUAAUGUAAAUUCACAGAUAUCUCUUUUUCAUCUAUACUCCCAUGGCUACCCUCAAUCAAUUGGUUUUAUCACCCUUAACAUCGUAAGGUUUCCUUCAAUUUCAAAAUAAUUGUUGGACUUCGUGACCUAACGACUCUAAAUUAAGUGAUUAAAGCUCUUUCCACAACUACUAGGCAACACAUAUAAGGUGGGGGGUGGGGAGGGGGUGACAAUAGAAGUGAACAGGUUUAUUUUUAUAUAGAAAUAAGAGCCACAAUGGCUCUUGAUAGAAAAUUUAAUGUUUAAGUUUCUGUCAACUGUGACAGUGUUAACGUGUCUUUAAAAUGACUAUUUUCUCUUCCUCAGCUUUUUAAAACACAUGAAGAAAUAUCUUCUGUCGAGAAGAAGUUAAAGAAGGAAGAAAUGGCUCUUAGCAGACAUGAGGAAAAGUAAGGCGAAACUGCUCUGAAAAUUAAGAAAGUCAAUACCUGCUAUUAAGACACUUAAAGAAACAAUUCGGGUAUUUUCUGCAACUUGCACUAGUUUCCAGGAGCGGUUAUUAAGGCCAAGGUGUUCUGUCAUAAAUCAUAAAUAUAUAUGUGUAUGCCUGGUUGAUUUAACCUCUUCCAGUAGAGUCUGGUUCUGUAAAACGCAAAAGGAGCCCUGGGUUAUUGGGCCAUCUCUCGUUGCUUCGUCCAGCCCUUUAAAAAUUUGCUUCUUGAUGGAGGAUAGGGCGAAAGAAACAACUUCACGAAUAAGGAAAAAAAAAACUCGCGGUGGCUUCACGAAUCUCGUGGAAAAAAAACUGGUCGCUCGCGGUGGGGGAUUGGAAAAUUCAGCUUUUUUCUUUUUUUCAAAUUUAACCCCUCCUGACUCUUAGAAGCCUGCGUGGCAAGCGUUUCCAAUCGAGUUAUUGCGCGAUAGUUAGGUUUUUUUGCUCUCGUCCCAACUUUCUCGACGAACUCGCGCGGAAACGCUUGCUAUGCAGGCUAGACUCCUAGUUAAUCUUAAAUUGGCCUGUUUUUCUUUCUAGGGAUAAAAAGACUGCCUCACAUUUUAGGCAGAAGAUUGCAGCGAUCAAAGCGCAUUUAUCUCGGUUGCAUGAAAAGGAGAAGAGCAUACAAGAGAAACUACAUCAUAAGAAGAAUCACAGGAAAUUAACUGUUUUCUGACUAAAUUGUAAAUUAUAUUCUACUAGCAAAUGUUAACCUCUAGACUUGUGGCAAACAAAUGUUGAAGAUUGUACAAAUAGUUUUAAACAAAUUCUCUGGGGCAAAUAGAAAUAUCAUGCUGCUAUUUAAUAGAAGGAAAACAGUUUCUUGACUUCUCCAAACGAUUUUCACUGAUGUUACAUUUCACAUUUUCUUCAGCCUGUUUCGCGUCAUUUUAUUGUCGAUGUCGUUACGUU